AUGCAGCCCAUGCCGGCGCAUCGGCGGCCAAAGCUCUCCGACGCCGCCGGUGUCUCCGCUGGAGGUGGCGACGACCGGCUCAGCGCGCUGCCGGACGACCUCCUCAUCCACAUCCUCCUCAAGCUCCAGGACGCCCCCGUCGCCGCUCGGACCAGCGUCCUUGCCCGCCGCUGGCGCCGCGUCUGGGCUCUCCUGCCGGAGCUCCAUUUCCCCGAUGGCACUGACUCUGACGGCAUACGCGCCGCCCUCGCCGUCCAUGAUGCGCCGGCCAUCAGCCUUCUCUCCGUUGCCGCCAUCAAGGCCACCCCCGAAUCCGUCGCGGCAUGGCUCCCCAUCGACGCCUGUCGCCUCUCCGGUGUCCUAGAUUUCAGGAACAGGGGGACCAUGGACGAGACCUCCGCCGCCUCUCCUUUGAAGCUGCCUUGCUUUCAGAACGCAACCAAGGUCGUGCUUGAUCUAGAUUCUAUCGGCCUCACCCUGCCGCCUUCCGGCAUAUUUACCCGGCUCGCCGAGCUGGUGCUGACUAGCAUCCAUCUGCACGGUCCGUGUAGCAUCAGUGAUGUCGUCUCCUCAUCACGGUGUCCAUCUUUGCAGCGGCUUGUCGUCAGCAGUGUCAAGGGUCUGGACAAGUUCACAAUCCACUCAGAGUCUCUCCUAGAAUUGGUGCUGAGUGGUCUCCCUGGCUUGCACCAGCUCAAUGUCGUUGCACUGGCUCUGAAAGACUUAGCAGUACGGGGUUGCUUCACUGAUGCUCUCAAUCGGGGUCAACACAUUGCCAACAUCUCAGCCCCUCAGCUGGUGACGCUUGAUUGGAAGAGUUCUUAUGAUCCUAGCUCUGUCCAGCUUGGCGAGAUGGCACAUCUCCAACAGCUGACAACGCAAUAUUUAAUUGUAUAUGGACAAUAUGUAUUUUCUGCACAUAAUCGUCAUUGCUUGAUGCUUCUGCAGCGCUUUGACCACAUCAGGAGACUUGUUCUCUACCUUGUCUAUGCACCGCUUCAAGUCAACGGCCGAUUCUUGAUGGAGGAGAUGACAAACUUUCCUAACAUUACCAGCUUGACACUAAAUGUAGUGGCAUGUAGUCAUUCCUUUGGAGCCAGCUCAUUCCAUGUUCUCAGUAUGUCUAGUGGCGUAAGAGAGCUGGAGAUUAGACUUGUCGACCUGCCGAGCGAACACGAGGCACUCGCUUCUGUGUGCCAAUCAGGUUGCAUUUGUGCCGAGCCAUCGAACUGGGAAACUAAGGAACUCGUCCUCCAUUGCCUCAAAGAAGUAGUAAUCAGUGGCCUGAGAGGAACUGAACAUGAACUCGCUUUUGUGAAAAGGUUAUUCAACUGGACAACAGUGUUAAAGAGGAUGACAGUAAAUUUUCGUGUUUCAAUGACUGAAAGCAAGGCCAAAGAGCUUCGCCAGCAGCUAUUAAGCUUCUCUAGGCCAAGAAUAUGUAUGAAAUUCCUGCAGCAUGGAAAAGCUUGUUCAUUUGACUAG